AUGGCCAAGGACAAGGUUAAGGACAAGAAGGAGAAGAAGGAGAAGCGCUCCGAGUCCGACGGCAUCAAGAAGAGCAAGAAGGACAAGAAGGAGAAGAAGUCUGAGCACAUCACUGAGGCUCUCCUCGCUAGCGUGAGCGAUGCCAGCUCUGGCGCCGAUGUCAAGACCACCGUCGCUAUCAGGACUGUCGCCGACGAGAGCGAUGAUGAGACUGCCCGCCCGGCCGUCGUUUCCGCCAACCUGGUUCCCUUCGCCGUGCCGCUGGCCGACGACAAGACGACCAAGAAGCUCUUCAAGACUGUGAAGAAGGCCGCCAAGCACAAGACGCUCAAGCGCGGCGUUAAGGAAGUCGUCAAGGCCGUGCGCAAGUCGCCGACGAACAUGCCCGCCUCGUCGCUGAUCGAGGACCCGUCCGCCAUCGUCGUCAUUGCCGCCGAUAUCAGCCCCAUGGACGUCAUCUCGCACAUCCCCGUCCUGUGUGAGGAGCACAACAUCCCCUACAUCUUCGUCAGCUCGCGCGCCGAGCUCGGCGCCGCCGGCAACACCAAGCGCCCCACCUCGGUCGUGAUGAUCUGCAAGGACCGCGGCACCAAGAAGGGCGCCGCCGACGAGAAGCCCGAGGAUGAGGCCGAGUACAAGGAGUCGUACGACGGCGUCGCCAAGGCCGUGCUCAAGGCCUCGAAGGGCGUGAGGCGUUGA